UGAGAACAUCAGACUUUACGAAUGGAAUAAGGAGUGACUGGAACCAUCAGUCAAGCAGAUGGCCCAUCAGAAUCUCACAGUUGUGCUGUUUGGAAAUGCCUCUGCAGUCCAGUUUGGACCUGAAAAUAUUCUUCUUGGACGAGAUGAACCAGUUUCAGGAAGUGUUGAUAUCUCUCAAAUCGUUCCCGUAUCGAGGAUUGUAGCAAGACGCAGCGUCUCUGUGAUCAACCUGCUCGGCCUGCGAGAGUCCGACCUCCCCCAACACACUGUGGACCGGUUCUUCAGUGAACUCGUCAAUAAAAAUGAAAUCCAGGCGUUUAUCUUCGUACUGUGUCAGUUAACAGAUGAUGAUAAAGUGGGGUUGGAGUGGCUGGUGAGAACGUUUGGAAAAGAUGCUCUCUCUCGUGCUAUGAUGCUCUUCACCUAUAAGAGCCAGGAGAAGUGUGACACCAUCGUAGACGACCUGAAGAAAAACCCGGUUCUAGACCAGCUGAUGAAGAAAUGUGGAGGCUGGUACCACACAUGCAGCAAGAGCAUGAACAACCAAUCAGAAUUAGGAAUAUUGCUGGAGAAGAUCGACAUCAUGGUCUCGGAAAACGGUGCAUCCAGCUACUCUGCUGAGAUGUACAACAUGGCACUGAAGAGCCGAGAUGUUCUGCACAGUCAGGACAGAGGUUAUGGUCGUCAACAAAAAGUGCCGGACAUUAAUGAGGAUCCACCAAAGGAACUAAAGGUCACAACACCAGGAUCUGAAGCAUCAGCUGACCUACCAGACCAGUGUGAUCAAUACAAGAAACUCUUCACAAGACUACUGGGAAAUCUGGACCAGAAAAUAACACUGGACGACGUUCUUCAGAUAACAUCUCAGUUGUUGCAGAGCCGAGAGCCUCGCUCAGAUUCAGCAGCAACGUUCUUACAGAAACUGAUGAUGGUAAAUUACAAAGCAAGAGAGAUUUGUGUCACCGGGAAGCAGGAGGACAUUUCACCCAGUACAGAGGAAGCUGAGGAGGAGAGUUUUUCAUUUUUUCUUGAUGAGAUUCCCCUAUCCACUUUUAAUUCUGCAGACAGCACAUUCCGUGAUCACCCCAUGGACGUCCAGAUGACGGUGUUCCACCAGUCUGAUAGCUUCCUAAAGCAGACAUUAAUGACUAAGCUUUCACAGUGUCAGUUUGCUUUGCCUCUGCUAGUGCCGAAUCCCUUCACCAGAGAAAUCGAGUUCCCCCUGUGGUGCUUCCGCCAAAUCAAAAGGAGCUGGGUGGUCUCGGGUAAAAGUACCAGCAGAACCAUGCCAAUUUCUGAAGCCGAAACCCCAAUGGUGGCGUUCUUCAGGUAUGGCGCCAUAUCUUCAUCCAAGUCUCAGCUGAUCAGCAGCUUGAUCAAUGAGAAGCAUGACACAUUCUUUCACCGGAACAGCCCAGGGAGCAGCACAGAGCGUCUUCUGGUGGACAGUAUGGUGGAGAUCGCUUGGUACUAUCCGUCUGGGAAUGCCGAUGAUCGUUUUCCUGAGUGUGUUGCGUUCUGCAACCUCCACGGUGAUGCUGAAGACAAUCCUAAGCAAAUGGAGAUUCUGACAAAAAUGUCCACUGUGAAUGUGGCUCUCUUACCUGAUCAGAAGAGUAUAAAAAAUAAUGGUAUACUGCAGAAUCUGUGUAAAAGCCCAAAACCACUCAUUUGUCUGCUCUGUAAUAGUAAAGAAGGUGUUACCAGGAAGAAGAUGAAGUUUAGAAUUGGGCUCAAGAAAAGAAAUCAGGCAGAUGUAUCUAAUGAUCUCAGAAAUAGCAUCAAAAAGUGUUUUCUUAAAUCUCCAUCAACAUUCAGACUCGAAAACGUGGGUGAAAUCAGGGGGAUUACAGUAGACGAGAAGGAUGAGGAGUGCCAGAUAGGAAAAGCCGUGGCUGUUCAGAUGAUGGAUAUGUUGAGCACACAGGAUCUGCCCAAAAUGAAAGAAACACAUUUGCCCUGUCAGGGAACACCGUGGCAUAAGUGGUCCCAAAAGAACAAGGAGCUGCAUCGACUUCAAGGGACAGACAUAGAGACACGAAGGGGUGAAAUACGAGCCGACAUGAACAAGAUCCGUGAGGAGCAGCGUAAGUGUGGGAUCACCAAGCUGAUGAAGCUGUUCAUUCGUACGCUGGAUUCAUCAGAUGAAAGUAGAAAGAGAUACUUUCUCAGGUGGCUUACAAUUCUGCUCGACAACUCCACCAAAGAUCACACAUCCCAUGAAGACUCAAGUGUUGGGGAGUCCAAACAAGCCAAUGCUUCUACAGUCUUUGGUUUGGAACACAUUCUCAGAGAGAUGAGCCAGAUAUACGAGUCCUUUAUAUGUCUACAAUCUGCAGAAGAAGACGUAUCAUCCCUUCCGGAACUUGCGGCACAGAUCAUGCUCCUUGGAUACCCGCUGGAGCUGAUGGAUGGUGAUGCUGCUCAUGUUCCUCUGAUCUGGGUUUCAGCAGUUAUAGACGAACUCAUAAAGAAAGUGGGAGACCAGAGAGUCUUUGUGCUUUCGAUUCUGGGACUCCAGAGUUCUGGAAAGUCCACCAUGCUGAACGCCAUGUUCGGUCUCCAGUUUGCAGUCAGCGCUGGAAGGUGCACCCGAGGAGCCUUCAUGCAGCUGGUCAGAGUAUCAAAGGAGAAGAAGGAUGAGCUGAAGUUUGACUAUGUUCUAGUCGUUGACACUGAAGGUCUCCGAGCUUUAGAGCUGGCUGGAAAGACGACUACACGUCAUGAUAAUGAACUCGCAACAUUCGUUGUAGGACUUGGAAACCUAACGCUCAUCAACAUCUUCGGCGAGAACCCUGCUGAGAUGCAGGACAUCCUUCAGAUUGUUGUCCAAGCCAUGCUGAGGAUGAAGAAGGUCAGACUGAGUCCCAGCUGCAUGUUCGUGCAUCAGAAUGUCGGAGACAUCAGUGCAGGGGAGAAAACCAUGGAAGGGAGAAGGCGCUUGCUGGAGAAACUGGACGAGAUGACCAGGCUCGCUGCUAAGGAGGAAGAAUGUGAUGCCGAGUGCUUUAGCCACAUCAUUGAAUUUGACAUACAGAGUGAUGUCAGGUACUUUGCACAGCUUUACAACUUAUACAGUGAAAACGUUCAUGACCUGAGAGAAAUCAUUCUCUCUAAAGUAUCCGAAAAGCGUCUCAUGAAUCUCUCUCAAUUCAAAUCCCAUUUCACAAAUGUAUGGACGGCACUUCUGAACGAGAACUUUGUGUUCAGCUUUAAGAACACGUUGGAGAUCGCAGCAUACAGAAGACUAGAGAAUAAAUACUGUACAUGGACCUGGAGCCUGAGGAGCGCCAUGUUAGCAACUGAGAACAAACUGUACAACAGAGUCAGCAAUGACACGUCUUCUAAAGUAGAUAUAAAGGACAUCACGGAUGCCAUGGAAGACACAAAGCUCAAAGUGGAUAAAUCAGUCCAGAGCUUCUUCGAUGAGGACCAAGACAAGGAAAUUUUGAUCCAGUGGCGAGAAAGGUUUGAGGUAAAAAUUAAGAAUAUUUACAAUGACCUUGUGGAAGGAACCAAAAGAAAAUUGUAUGAGGUUGUUCGUCUGAAAGCUGCUAGAGAAAAAGUCGACCGUGAGAAGACAAGGAGAAGAAAUGAGCUGUACAACCGAAGCAAGAUCCUCGCUUUAGAUUUGAAAGGUAAAGAAAUCAGCGAAGACGCACUGAAGGAGAACUUUGACGGUAUCUGGUCUCAAUGUGUCAAUGACCUGAACCAAGAUUCACUCUCAGUUGCAUUGAUAUCAGACAUCAAUAUCUGGGGUGAUGUGACAAAGAUCUUGAUGGAAGGUUAUGAGCUCAAUCUCAUUUCUGAACGCCAGAACCAAGCUGCUUAUGAACAACUUGAUACGUUAGGAAAUUAUUCGGAGUACAUCAUCUCUAACAAGAGAGAAGAGCCGGGUCAGAGAGAUCUACGCUCCACAGAGGAUGAUGAUGAUAGCCAUGGUGAACUGGUUGAAGGUGGCGUGUGCAGUCCAUCUGAAGAAAAGAGCAGAUCUAGUGGAUUAACCUCAGAGGAUAACAAGUCAUUAAGAAACCUUAUUGACGGUAUUAUCAAAGAUGCUGAGGAGUUAAUAAGGAGCAAACCAAUCGCAGAACAUGGAUACAGUCAGAACUACAUUCCAGAGAUUAUAACCUUAAUCAAAGAUAAAGUCAAAGCACAUCAAUCCCAGACCUCCACAUAUUCACUCAAGAAGGAAUUCACAUUAGAUCUUUGUCUCCAUGUGUGUACAUUCACUGCUGAACGAUUCGGUGAACUACAUGAACAAUUCAAGGAGGCCAAUGAUAUCAGGAUGUACCUGGAGAAACAGAAGCCUCAAUACUUCAACAUCUUUAAGGACUUGUGCGCUGGUACCACCUUGGCUACAGUGUUUGGUAAACUCAUGGUGGAUAAGCUCGAACCUUCUAUCCUACAGGCUGCUUAUGAUAAAACCGCCCUCGAUGUGACUGAGAAAAUGAAAUGUGACGUUUCAGCGUUUCGUGGGAACAGAUCGAAUCUGGAGAAGCACAUUCUGACAUCACUAGCACUGGAGGAAAACUUUGAGGACUACAUAGCUUACAUUCACAAACCCAGAGAAUACUUUGCUAGUUUCAUUACAAAGGAAGUCAAGAAGUAUCUUUUAGAGGAAAAAACUACAGACAUAGUUCUGAAAACUCUCAAGAGUAACAUCAAGUCUACAGCAAAGUUUGUGAUGGAUUCUGUCAAAAAAGUCACUGAAGAAGCCAAUAACCGUAAUGGAGACGUCAACACAUGGCUGCAGCUUUUAUCCACAGAGCUAAAGGAUGAACUUCAGUUUAAAGAAGAAUCGUAUCCUGAACAGAAGGAAAUCACAGACCUUCAUUUUCUUCAGGAUGCCAUGAAUAAACAUCUGGAUGCUGUCGGGUCAAAGUUAUGUGCCAACUUUCAGCAGGGCUCCGACCUCAGACUGGAAAUGUUCAGAAAGAAACCGAACGAGACCAUGAUUGAGCAGCUUUGUCAGUGCUGCUGGGCACAGUGUCCAUUCUGCAGUGCCAUCUGCACCAACACAUUAGAAGGUCAUACUGGAGAUCAUGAUGUCCGUUUCCAUCGUAACUGUGGAAUCAAUGGGUGGUCGUUUACGAUUUAUAAUAAUCUGGGACUCGAAUGCUGCACGACCGCUGUUUCAGAUGAUGAUUUAAAUUUUUAUACAGAAGGUAAAGUGUUGAAGUAUAAAGAUUACAGAGAAGCAGGUGGAGAAUAUGCCAAGUGGAACAUUUGCCGUGAUGACUCCGAGAUGCCGUACUGGAAGUGGUUCGUUUGUAGGUUUCAGGAGAACCUGGAAAAGCAUUACGAGAAACAGUUCGCUGGACGUGGUCAGAUUCCUCCAGAAUGGAGACUAACUACCAAAGAUAAAGCUAUCAAGAGCUUACGUGAGUUGUAGAGGUCAGAAUUAAGCUGCUGCACUAAAUGUUACAAACAUCUACAUGGAUAAAACAACAUGUUCAGAUGUACUGAGAACAAAAGUGACUUGUACAAUGGCUGGGAGCUUGUCUGCUGUUUCUGGUGUUUCUGUCUGAGAUCAUGGACCUAUAAACCAUCAUUGGUUUUCAAUCAACCUAAACGCUGCCACAUCACCCCACUGCUGGUCUUUUCACUGGCCUCCUGUAGCUGUGAGCCAAAAUGGAGCAGCCCCAAGCUACCUUCGAGGUCUAAUCAAACCCCACUCUGUACCACGCAACCUCCUGAUUUUCCUCCCAAAACUCAAGGAAGACGAGCAUCAAGGCUCUUUUCUGUACUUGCACCCAAGUGGUGGAACGAGCUUCCCUUGUCUGUCCGAACAUCUAAGUCUCUCACAUAUCAAUGGUCGUAGCCAGUUCGUUCAACUCAACGUCGUCUCACCCAUCUGAAGUUGUUUGUGGUGUCCCGCAGGGCUCUGUUCUAGGACCUUUCUUAUUUAUAAUUUACCUUCUACCUGUUGGUUAAAUAUUCCAUCAUAAAAUCCAAUUCCACUGUUAGGCUGAUGACACCUGUGAUGUAUUUUGACCUUUCUGUUAUACUGUAGUUGUAGUAAUGCACUGAAUGCUGGGAUAUGUUGUUCCCUCCUCCUGAGCGGUUGUAAAACGGUGGAAAACGUUAGUAAACAUGCACCUGUUGUGCCAACGGUA